CCUGCCGACCAACCCGAGUGCCACUGACGCGAAAACAGAGUCGAUUUCGAAGCGCCGCCGCCCUUGCUCUGCUCCGCCGGCGCUCUCCUCCCCCUCACUCCGCCGCGUGGCGCACCGAAGCGAGGCCGGAAGCCAAGAUCCGGCGACCACGCGCCGCGAUGCAGCAGCAGCCGGCCUUCCUCGCCAUCGGGGGGCGCGACGAGUAUGAGUACGCGAGGCUGGAAACGCUCUUGAUGCAGGGAGGGUCCGCCUCGGUGGGAGCACCUCGCUUCAAUGGCACAGACUACGAAUCAUGGCGGUUCAGAAUGAAGCUCCACUUGGGGAACUUUCACUCUCGUGUGCGGAGCAUUGUGGAAACCGGUCUCUCCUCUUGUGUGGAUGAAGCGAACCCGACGGCCCCCGAGCUGAGGAACAUCCACUACAACGCCCAGGCCAUGAACGCCAUAUACUGCGCCCUCAGUGAUGAUCAGCUCUACCGGAUCUGGCACCUUGAUACUGUUAAAUUAUGAUCUAAAUUCUAGUACCGUAUUGGACUAGACGUAGUACAUACGGUGUGGGCCUUUGCGUUGACG